AUACAUUGUACAACAAGGAGGCAUCUCUCUUUAAAUUAUAAGUGUUAGGAUAUAAAGUUAUAAGGUAUAUGUAAGAUAUAUAAUAAAAUACUAUAUAAUACUUAGCUUUAAAUGAUGGCGACAAAGCAAAAGUGCAGCAUAAAUUCGGAUAUACGUAUAUUACUUGUGGGAAGGACAGGUCAUGGAAAAAGUUCCACGGGAAAUUCGAUUCUUGGAAAAGACAAGUUCGCCGUAGCUUUCUCAGCAAAAUCAGUAACAGCUACUACCGGAUGGUCAGGGGUAUGUACUCGGUUUGGAAAAACUAUCGAAGUGGUUGAUACACCAGGCAUUUUCGACACUAAUAAAACAGAGCGUGAAAUACAUAAAGAACUUAUCCGAUCGCUUUUAUUUGCAACCCCUGGUUUUCAUGCAAUCGCGUUUGUUCUCGAGAUAGGUCGGGUUACAGACGAGCUUGUAAAAACAAAGAAUUUGUUUUUCGAAUGGUUUGGCAGUGGUGUAGAGAAAUAUGCAUGCAUCAUUCUAACCAGAACGGAAGACGAACGAUCUGUAGAUGAAUAUAUUACCACUGAUACAACAGAAGAUUUGCAAGAUUUGAUACGAAAAUGCGGUGGAAGGCCAAGAAUAGCUCCUAUCGAAAAUAAAUCAACUGACGUAAAACGAAAGGAAGCUCAAGUAAAACGGAUAAUACGCAUGGUGGAAGAAAUAAAGAGGACUAACAACAAUACUCACUUUACAAAUGUAGCUUUCCAAUUAGCGACUGCUUAUGCUUACAAUAGGCGGUCUGAAGAAAUAUCUAUGGAAACAAUGCACAUAUUACGGAAAGCUGGUUUACAAGUUUCUGACAACGAUUGUAAAAUGCUUGACAAUAUACUGGAAGUUAAUGAGACAAAUGACUUUGCUUCUGGUUCGAGCACUUUUGACGAAGAAAAGAAAAUCAACCGAAGAAAAAAUAGAAAUAUUGAUGUUAAUUCUGUACGCGUAACGUAUUUGUCAGAUAAAGGUUUCAACAAUAAUACAAGUAUAAACGUUCCUGACGAUCAAACAAAGGAAGAUUCCGAAGCUUCAGAUACAGAUACAGAUCCUUUAGAUGAGCUCAAAGACGACAUAGAAAGCGGUCGAAAAGAUGAAACUGGAUUUUUCAAUCUUUUGAGAAGGGCGUGGAACUUAAGCAAGAAAAAACUAAAAUGCAUUAUACUAUAAGCAUCUAUAUUUGAAUUUUGGAACUUCUGCGCGAAUAAAUGAUAUAUAAGUAUACAUUACUCGAUCUGAUUUAUUAUUUUCAUGUUCAUGCUAUUGAAUUUACAACCCAGUGAGAUGGUGAAAGAGUUUUGACGAUAUCAAAAGUCGAUCCUGGCAAAGUGGUUAAGGUCUUCAAAUUCCCUGACCCUCACUGCUAUUGAUGACUUAAGAUUUUCCAUGUGAGGAAGCUUUAUUACUUAAAAACAAGAACAAAAAAUCAAGGACUCAGUCUCAAUAAUAUGAAAAACUUUGAAAAACUCGAAGGAAGAAAGAGAUAACAACAGUUAAAUGAUGCAGAAGACAACUAAGCUCAAUUAAGUACACAAUUGCUUUAAAGAACGCUUAAUAAAAUGAGUUUUUACUAUUUUUUUCUAGAUAAUUACACCUUCAUUGUUACGUUCAUAUUUUGUUCUUCAUAGCUUUUAAGACGAAUUGCGCUUUUUACUUUUUGAGGAAUAAUUUAUAUAUCACGGGAUGGAAACUGUUACACGAUAACUUGUCACGUCUACUACAAGAAGAAUUUCGUCUCUCAUGUAAUAUUUCGAACCUCGUAUUCAUGUAAUUAGUAACAUGAUAAUUUUGCGUAUAAAAAGAUGCUUAUAAAUUAUAAACUUUGAUACAUAUUCAAAGAUAUUCGUUCAGUCAUUGGCCCAAAAUAUUAGGAUGAAACGAAAAAACUUCCUAUAUCGCGAUUAUUUAGCAUGCCACAGUUUAUAUUGAAAGUAUUUAUAUUGAA